GCUGAAAUACCAGAACAACAGGAAAAGCACAAAAACCAAAUAGAGUCCAGUAGCUGCAAUACACACAGGACAGCCAGAAGAAGGACUGGAAAUACUAAAAGGGAACCUUUCCCUUAGAAGUAAGAAAGGAAGAGCUCCAGCACACAAGCUUUGCUGCAGAGGCCAUGGGCUGCUGGAAGCAAGAGAAAAGCAACACCUGGACUUUUCCCACCCUGAUCCUCUGCCUCUGUGGAUUCUUCUACAUGAUGAAACCAUCAGAACCUUUCCUAACACCCUAUUUAACAGGACCAGAUAAAAACCUGACCAUAGAUGAGGUUACCAACCGGAUUUUCCCUGUUUGGACAUACUCCUACCUUGCACUCCUUUUCCCAGUCUUCCUGAUUACAGACUACGUGCGCUACAAGCCCGUCCUCCUCCUCCAGGGCGUCAGCUUCAUCAUCACGUGGCUCUUGCUCCUCUUCGCACACGGAGUGGUGGCCAUGCAGGUGGUGGAAUUCUUCUACGGGAUGGUGACAGCCACCGAGGUCGCCUAUUACGCCUACAUCUACAGUGUCGUCAGCACCGAUCACUAUCAGAGAGUGACGAGCUAUUGCAGAAGUAUCACUCUUGUUGCAGCCACCCUUGCGGCCGUGCUAGGACAGCUGCUGGUUUCCUUAGCAGAUGUAUCCUACUUUCACCUUAAUGCCAUUACUUUGGCUUCCGUGUCCCUGGCAUUUGUUUGUUCCUUUUUUCUCCCAAUGCCCCAAAAGAGUAUGUUCUUCCACAGGAAAGAUGUCACAGAAACUCUCCCCGGACCAGAAAAAGUGGUGGCUACAGUCGGCUCCGACAGGCCCUCGAGCUGCCGAGAGGACAAGAGCUCUGUAUCUGCUGACAGGGGACCAGCACCUGAACCGCAGACUGAUAAUCCCAAGCCCCAGAAUCACAUGCUUCGUGUACUGGUGCAGCUGAGCAAGGACCUGAGGGAUUGCUACAGCUCUAGGAAACUUCUGUACUGGUCCCUGUGGUGGGCUCUGGCUACAGCAGGCUUUAACCAGGUUCUGAAUUAUAUCCAAGUGCUGUGGGACUUCAGAGCCCCCUCUCACAGCUCUGCAGUGUACAAUGGAGCUGUUGAAGCAAUAGCAACUUUUCUGAGCUCGGUAACAUCUUUUGUAGUACAAUAUAUGAAAAUUAACUGGGACCUUUUUGGAGAACUGGCUUUAGGGAUCUUCUCUGCAAUAAAUGCUGGUUCUUUAUUUCUCAUGCACUUCACUACCAACAUCUGGGCAUGUUACACCAGCUAUCUCAUUUUCAAAGCAUGCUAUAUGCUCCUUAUAACAAUAGCAACGUUCCAGAUUGCAGUCAAUCUGAGCAUGGAACGCUAUGCCUUGAUGUUUGGAUUCAACAACUUCGUUGCACUGGUGAUUCAGACCAUUCUUACAGUAGUCGUCGUGGAUUCAAGAGGCCUGGGACUGGGCAUAGUAACUCAGUUUUUAAUUUAUGGCAGCUACUUUGCAUUCAUAGCUGGGAUUUUCUUGAUCAGAAGCAUUUGCAUGCUUGUCUCAAGCACAUGCAAAAGGAAAAUAGCAAGAUCUUGCAAAGAGCAUCUGAACCACGCUGAACAUGAAUCAAAAGAGCAGAUUGUAACUGGCUAUACGACAUGGCUGUAGGGGUCAGGCAGGCAGGCUCACACGGCCAGGCCCUCGUGGGAGAAGAGUUCCUACUGCAGCAUGCAGGGAACAGCAGCGCAAGAUGAAUCUACGACACAGCCCUGAAAAGCUACGCUGAAUCAUAUAGCACUUCAUUACAACAUACGCCAACUAAGAGAUCACCAUAACGGCACUGUGCCAAGAAGAAAAGAUAAGCUGCUUUAGAUUCUUAUUUACUUGCCUAUAAAUAGCUUAACAGCAGUAAUCUAUACACAAGAACAGAGCAACCACCUGGGCAUCCCACUGUGCAUAAUGCCAAAGAUCAGAGAUCACCCUGCCUUGCUUGUUCUAGCGCUUGUAUACAGUGUUGGCAAGCUGCUUCCAUGACCAUUUGCUCAUGCGUGUGGGUGAAGGGUCUAUCGCCCCCCUUUGCACACACCUUGUUCUGAACCAAGGAAGAAGGGAUUGUGUUUCAUCAUUAUAUUCUUUCCUACCUAAUGUCAUGGUUUAACCCCAGCUGGCAACUAAGCACCACACAGCCACUUGCUCACUCCCCCUACCCCCCCACAGUGGGAUGGGGGAGAGAAACGGAAGGGUAAAAGUGAGAAAACUCAUGGGUUGAGAUGAAGACAGUUUAACAGGUAUAGCAAAAGCCACCUGCACAAGCAAAGCAAAACAAGGAAUUCAUUCACCACUUCCCGUGGGCAGGCAGGUGUUCAGCCACCUCCAGGAAAGCAGGGCUCUAUCACACGUAACAGUUACUUGGGAAGACAAACGCCAUCACUCCGAACAUCCCCCCUUUCCUUCUUCUUCUGCCAGCUGUAUAUGCUGAGCAUGACGUCAUAUGGUCUGGGAUAGCCCUUGGGUCAGUUGGGGUCAGCUGUCCCGGCUGUGUCCCCUCCCAACUCCUUGUGCCCCCCCCAGCCUGCUCGCUGGUGGGGUGGGGUGAGAAGCAGAAAAGGCCUUGGCUCUGUGUAAGCACUGCUCAGCAAUAACAAAAACAUCCCUGUGUUAUCGACGGUGUUUUCAGCACAAAUACAAAGCAUAGCCCCAUACUAGCUACCGUGAAGAAAAGUAACUCUAUCCCAGACAAAACCAGCGCACCUAACUACAGGCAAUUCGUGACAGACUCCUCCCUUCUAAUUUAAAAGCCCACAGCAGAAGCGGGCCUUUUGCAUACAACAGUGCAGAAAAGCAGGGUUUGCACAACCUAUCUGAGAAAGUUCACUAAAACACUGCUAAGCCACAGUUGUUGCUGGGCCCGCAUUUGAAAGCUGCAACCUAAACACUGUACUUGUAUCCCAAGCACAAAUACAGGCUGGGUGAUGAGUGGACUCAGAGCAGCCCUGCAUAGACAGACUUGGGGGUGUUGGUUGACAAGAAGCUCAACAUGACCUGGCAAUGUGCGUUUGCAGUCCAGAAAGCCAACCGUAUCCUGGGCUGCAUCAAAAGAAGCGUGACCAGCAGGCUGAGGGAGGUGAUUCUCCCCCUCUACCCCACUCCCGUGAGACCCCACCUGGAGUACUGCGUUCAGCUCCAGGGCCCCCAACAUCACAAGGACAUGGACCUGUUGCAGCGAGUCCAGAGGAGAGCCACAAAGAUGAUGAGAGGGCUGGAGCGUCUGUCCUAUGAAUACAGACUGAGAGAGUUAGGGCUGUUCAGCUUGGAGAAGAGGAGGAUCCAGGGAGACCUUAUAGCAGCCUUCCAGUACCUAAAGGGGGCCUACAAGAAAGCUGGAGAGGGACAUUUUACAAGGGCAUGUAGUGAUAGGACAAGGGGUAAUGGCUUUAAACUGAAAGAGGGUAGAUUUAGAUGAGAUGUAAGGAAGAAGUUCUUCACUGUGAGGGUGGUGAGGCACUGGAACAGGCUGCCCAGAGAAUCUGUGGAUGCCCCAUCCCUGGCAGUGUUCAAGGCCAGGUUGGAUGGGGCUUUGAGCAGCCUGGUCUAGUGGAAGGUGUCCCUGCCCAUGGCAGGGUGCUUGGAGCUAGAUGAUCUUUAAGGUCCCUUCCAACCCAAACUACUCUAUGAUUCUGUGAUUCUACUGAGUCCAUAGCAACAUCAGCCCAGAAGGGAAAAACUUCAGAGUCAAAACGAAAUGCAAGGGCCCCACUCUUUUCCUUGUGCUUCCAGUAAAAUUAAAUUCAGGACUGAGAGUCUUGCAGUUUCAACAGGAAAAGAAAAAAAAAGUCAAAGGGAUUGAGUAGUAUGGACUAAAACCAGAGAAGUACAUUGUGGAGAAAUGUGGCUGGUUCUGCAUAGGAAAAUUCCAGAUUAACACAAAUAUCCAAGACGACUUAUAACUGAAACAGAAAGCUAGCAACAUGUCUGCUUUUCAGUGCCAAAUGAGGGAGGUCCCCUGGUCUUUGCCAAGGAUUUGGCAGGGUCAGCAUCUCAGAAUUUAUCAAGAAGCUUCAAGUCCUACACCUAAUUCAGUCCAGCACAAAGGACAGUUAGUCCAGGAGAAGAAAAAAGAGCCUGUAAGUGAGUUCGCAUAGUGAAUGCCCAAUUUAAUACAAAUUAUAUCCAUAUGUUAAAGUUAUUUCUGUACUGCUGUUUGCUUCUAGCUUCCAAUACCUACAUCUAACUAAUAAAAAUAGAAAAUGCUUAGCAUUUAUAGAAUAAUA